AAAAAAAUGAUUACCUCUUACGUACCAUCCUUACGAUAAGGUUUUCUCUAAUCAUUUAAUAAAAUGUGUAGUGUUAGAAUCUCAACCAGUUUUCCCCUGGAAACCUUUCCUCAGCUCAGCUCAUUUCAAUGGCGGAAGCAAAGCUAUUCCUAUUUCAUCUCCUAAUUCUACUGGUAGGUCGCGGCGCGAGCGGAUCGAGCGUCGCGAUUUUGAGCAGCCCGGGAUCGAUCGACAGCCGUAAUCCUCACGUCGAUCUCCGUAUCGAACAAGUUCGAUCGUCGUCAUUGCCGCACGUGCAUCACCACAUGGAUCCUUCAGUGAUUGUGUUCUUCUUCUUGGAGGAUCUGAAACAGGGGAACACAUUACCGAUACAUUUUCCGAAACGGGGAUCAAAUACCUCUCGAAUGCUUCCGAGGGAGGAAGCCGAUUCGAUUCCAUUCUCAUCCCGGGAUCUCGAUUAUCUGCUUCGCCUGUUCUCGUUCAGACAGGGCUCUCCUCAGGCGGUAGCCAUGGAAGACACGUUAAGACAAUGCGAGACGAGAGCCAUCAAGGGGGAGACAAAACUAUGCGCGACAUCUUGGGAAUCCAUGCUCGAUUUCGCGAGGACGAAUUUGGGGAGAGAUUUGGAGUUGAAGAUUCUGUCGACGAUUCAUUUGACAAGAUCGAAUACGCUCCUGCAGAAAUAUACGGUAAAUGGAAUCGAUGAAAUUACGGCAGGUAAAAUGAUGGCGUGCCAUACCAUGCCUUAUCCUUACGGCGUUCUGUAUUGUCAUUACCAAAAGAGUCCGAGCAAGGUGUUUAAGGUUUCACUUACUGGAGAGAAUGGCGAUAAGGUGGAGGCGGUUGCUGUCUGCCACAUGGACACGUCGCAAUGGAGCCAUAAGCAUGUCGCCUUCGAGGUGCUCGGGAUCGAACCGGGGUCGUCGCCGGUGUGCCAUUUCUUUCCAGAAGAUCAUUUUGUUAUGGUUGCUUGAGCUUCUACUACAAACUUAGCUGCAGGUAAGAGAGGUUCUGAAAUAAUUUGAGUUCAGAAAUGGUGUUAAUUCUGAUUCUCUAGUAUUGUUGUGUUCUAGCCAUGUUAUGUGAUCAUAUACUUUCAUUA